AUGUCAGAACAGCAAACAUCAACACAGCCGCCCAAUCAAAACAUUCCAUACGACCGUUCUACAGUAUAUGGUAAUCCCAAUAAAGUAUUAAACAAAGAUAUACCAAAUUCUAAUGGUAUUAAUACAAAUCAUUCCACAUCAAAUUCAGAGGAAGACCAAAUGAGAAAAGUAGAGAAAGAAGAAGGCGAGGACAACGACACUCUUUUGAAGAGACUUGAAGAAGCAAACAAACAACUUGAUGAAUACGCUCAAGAGUUUAUCAAACAUGAAAACCAACGAAGUGUGUUUCAAAGUUUAAUAAAAGAAUUGCAGAGUAAAGUUGAUAUAAUGCAGAAAAAGAUAGAGACGUUUCAACACCUCCACAAUAAGAGCGAAAAGGAGUUCAGUGAACUGAAGAGGAAAGAAUUAGAAGACGAGAAACGACGACUAGACGAAGAGUACACCAGAGAAUUGAAGAUCAAACGAGUUGAAGAAGUUCAGAAGAGUAAUAAGAAGAUUAUAAGUGAGUUAUGGAAGGCGGACUUCGAAAUGAAGAACACAAAAUUAUUGCAGCUCAACGAGGAGCUGGUGAAGGAACUUAAUGACAAAACCGCACUCUUAAAAGAGACAAAACGCCUCAAUAACACAGUCGAUGAGUUAAGAAGACAGAUAGUUGACUUGAAAAAAGACAAAAUAGAUAUGACCGC